UUUCAUGAAAUAAUCAUGGGUAACGAGUCCUUAACUGACCGAGAUUCGUUCACUGCCUCCACCGAUGAAGGUUUUAUCCUCCUUGGCGAAACCCCAGUUGUCUGUAAUCAAGGCCAGGAAACGGAUACCCGAAUGGUUGAAAAAUCGGAAAGUCAUGUGGAACCGGAAGUUAUGCCACACGAUGAAAUAACCAGAGUUUAUCAGACGGAUAAUGGCACUCAAGAUGCUGACGGAUUCAUGGUGAAAUAUAAGGGAAGAAGGUACGACAUCCAGAACCUUCUAAAAAAACAUCCAGGUGGAAGCAGGAUUCUAAAACCAUAUAAGGGCUUGAACAUCGAUGAAGCGAUGGUUACGAACUCUCAUUCCAUCGCAGCCUUCCAUUUCUUUGAGGAAUUCGUACAAAGUAAUCAAGAGGCAUACCAAGAAAUCGAAAGGCUGGUCGACUGGAAUGCCCCACUGUUGUCGCAGGUCGGCUCUCUAGGGGAUCGUUACUGGGAAUGGGUGAAUCUACCAGUGAACAGGCCCAUCCGUCUCUUCGCAUCAAACGACCUCGAACGUCUCACAGUCACCCCAUGGUACAUGGUACCCGCUGUCUGGAUCCCAAUAAUUUUUUUCUUUCUAUAUCGGGGCUGCUCGAUAGAUCUCAAAGGAAAUUUUGUCGAUUCCAUGCCGCAAAUUUCAUUUGCCAUUAGUUGGGGCUUCCUCUUGUGGACUUUCCUUGAAUACACGCUACAUCGGAAGCUGUUUCAUAUGAAACCCCCAGCGGACUCAAGGAUUCUCAUAACUCUACAUUUUCUUCUGCAUGGUCUCCACCAUAAAGCGCCGUUUGAUGACCAGAGACUGGUAUUUCCCCCCGCCCCUGCGGUGCUGUUAGCCCUUAUCUUGUAUACUGCUUACGGGAUGGUGUUUCCUGUUGCGAUGAUGAACUUCGCAGCAGGGGGAAUCGCAAUCGGCUACUUGUGCUACGACAUGACGCACUACUACUUACAUUACGGAUCGCCAAAAGCUGAAACUUAUAUGUACGUGAUGAAGAGGUAUCACAACUAUCACCACUUUUCACAUCACGACGAAGGUUUCGGUAUAAGCAGCAGACUGUGGGAUUACGUUUUCGGCACGGUUAUAACGUUGAGAAAUUUGAAAAAGGCGAUCGAAUGGUAAAGUUCAAGCAAUACUGUGCUGAUGAACGUAAAAUUUUAUUCUAUUUUUAAUACAAUUCUGUGUAUCCAUUAUUAUUAUAAUAAUAAAGCUAAUGGUAAAAAUAAUAUAUUUUCAUCGUAUUACUAGAAGAUUAAUGAUAAAUCGGAAAACAAGUAGGGAAUAAAUAAUGUAUUUAAGAUUUAUGUACAUCAUUAUGCAACACGAUUUUCAAUACAAAAAAUAAUAUAUUUUAUUAAAUUAAUAUCAGUAUGAGAUUUUUUUAAGUACAUGUAUUAAGGAACAUGUGUCAUGAAAAAAUAAUUUAAAAGUUUAAUUAGUAUGUAUAUUCUUUGUGUUUAAUAUAUUGUAUACUAUGUAUACGAAGUUUUAGAGAGAGAUUAUUACUUUCAGAAUAAAUUAAUUAAGUACCGCAGUGUUUCACGUACAUUAAUAACUCGAAUUGACACGCAGCCUGAUACAUUUUCAGCCAU